UGUAAAGCAGCAGCAGAAGAAGAAACUACAACAACAGCCUCAGUGGCCAUUUUCCUCGUUCAGCUGCCCUCAGGCUGAUGUUUUCUGGUUAUUUCGUGUUUGAAAUAAACAACAAAAUACGGUUUUACUUGUUGUUACCUGAGCGCGAGACAGAAGCACGUCACAGCUGCUGUGAUGGCGGCCGACCGGCGCGAGGACAAAGACGGCGAGCUGAACGUUCUUGAAGAUCUUCUGACUGAAGCUCCGGAUCAAGACGACGAGCUGUACAACCCCGAGACAGAGCGAGACGUCAGUGACAAGAAAGGAACAAAGAGGAAGAGUGAGCGUUCUGACAGCCAGGACUUAAAGAGACUCCGCCCCUCGUCGUGCCAUGUCCCCUCCAGGUCCUCCUCCACCAAUAAGAGAGCUCCGGGUCCACCUCUCUCAUCCUCCUCCUCGAAGAAGGUGGCAUCCAGCCCCCGUGGACGCCACGCUGCCGCCACCACCAGCAGCUACCGGCACGAAUACUACGAGGAGAGAAAGGGGCGGCGAGGAGCUCGAGAACCAGCGAGAAGUCGGGUAGGAGAUGAAGUACGACGCCGAGAGUCUCAAAGAGGCCUGGAGGGUCUGAGCCAGAAACUGCGACGUGACGAACGGCGAGUAAGCCCCUCCCCCCAUGAGGAUGAGAACCAAUCAGAGGAGGAGGCAGCAGCAGAGUAUGGUUCAGAUCCAGGGUCACGAAGCUCCUCCCCGACAGCCUCCCAUGUCGAGGAAGAGGAGGAGGAGGAUCAAGAGGAGGAAGAGGAGGAGGAGGAGGAAGAAGAAGAAGAGGAUGGCAUGGAGGAAGAAGAAGAGGAGGAAGAGGAGGAAGGAGAGAAGGAGGACGAAGAGGAGGAAGAUGAGGAGUAUGAGCGUCGUGGCGGUGAAGGGAAUGACUACGACACUCGCAGUGAGGCCGGCGACUCACGCUCCGCCUCCUCUGUCAGUUUCUCUGAUGACGGCGAAUCUGUGCACUCAGGCUCCGCCUCCGAGGCCUCAGGUUCAGAGAAGAAGCGGGAGAAGCUGUCGUCGUCGGUCCGAGCCGUUCGCAAAGGGAUGGAGAGAAAGUUUGUGAUCUGUCAGGAUCCGAGCAGUAAGCUGCGAUACAUCCUGCGAGAGGCUCGAUUCUUCCUCAUCAAGAGCAACAACCACGAGAACGUCUCGCUGGCUAAAGCGAAGGGUGUUUGGUCCACACUGCCCGUCAACGAGAAGAAGCUGAACGCAGCUUUUCGCUCGGCUCGGAGCGUCGUCCUCGUCUUCUCUGUCAGGGAGAGUGGCAAAUUCCAAGGUUUCGCUCGUUUGGCUUCAGAGUCUCAUCAUGGCGGAUCACCAAUCCACUGGGUUCUUCCUGCUGGCAUGAACGCCAAGAUGCUGGGCGGAGUCUUCAAGAUCGACUGGCUCUGCAGGAGAGAGCUUCCGUUCACUAAGACGGCUCACCUGUCCAACCCCUGGAACGAACAUAAGCCUGUCAAAAUCGGACGUGAUGGACAGGAGAUCCAACCGGACAUCGGCGCUCAGCUCUGUGCCCUGUUCCCAUUGGACGAGAGUGUGGAUAUCCACCAGGUGGCUCGUCGUGUUCGUCACAAGCGUCGGACGCCGUCAGAGCCCCGGCCUCGGGGUCGACCGCCGCAACGCGAACCGGGAAGGCGUCGCCCUGAAGAGUACGACCUUCACGGCAGGAAGCGACCGCGAGCCGACGGUCCGCCUGACUUCAACCAGCGAGCAGGGUUCAUCCAGGACCUUCGGAACCAGCCGGUGGACAGACGAUUUUCCAGCGUAAGACGAGACGUGUUUCUCAACGGGUCUUAUAACGACUACAUGAGGGACUACCACCACAGCGUUGGUCCUCCGGCUCCGUGGCAGACUCUGGCGGCGUACCCCGGCGUGGAGCAACCUCCCCCACAUCACCCCCCCUACUACCAUCACAGCCACCCCCCGCCGCCCCCUCACCAGGCCUACCAUCACCACCACCACCCCCCUCUACCGCCACACGAGGCUCCGCCCCCCCGCUUUAGAGACAAACAGCGAGCGCCACAACAUCGCGCCUUUACCUCCAGCCCACAUGACUACGACAUGCGUGUGGAUGACUUCCUGCGGCGGACGCAGGCAGUAGUGAGCAGUCGGCGUGAGCGUGAACGGCAGCGUGAACGCGAUCGUGGUGGACCACGCCGCGAGAGGGAGAGGGAGCGAGCGAGGGACAGAGAGAGAGAGAGAGAGAGGGACAAGGAGAGGGGACGGUACCGAAGGUGAUCUGAUGACAUCAUAUCCUGUCAGCCUGUAGAGGCUUUUAUUGAGACAGUCAGCAGUGGUUUGGACGGUUUCCUGUUUUUGUUAUUUUUGUUAAUUAUGAAUAAAAAAAUUAAACAAGCUCCAUGAUGACAUCAUCAGUUUUUAUGUGAAUUAAAACAAAAAAUGUGGUUAAUGGUGAGUUUGAUCCAAACUUUUAUUUUGAUGAUCCUGUGGUAAAAGGGAAGUGACAUCACAGGUAAAGGUGUUAAAACAGAAAAUGUAACUUAAUUUUUACUGUGUAAUCUCUUCUUAGCGUUCACUCUUCAUUUCCCAGAAUCCUCUCUGUGGGUAGCCAACAUGAGGGGCGUGGCCGCUGAAAGGUCGCAUGAUGAUGAUCAGCAGGACAUUUAUUUCAUUUUUCUCCAAUCAUUGUUUAUUUUAUUGUGAAAGGUUCAGACUCCAGAUUUUAGUUUAAUUUUUAGAUGAUUUUUGUGAAAUAAAACUUGUCCAGCUUUGUUUAUUUAUUUCUCUUUUUAGUUUUAUUUUGUAUUUCACUUCUUGUACAGACUCUAUUAAAACAUUUAAAGAGUCUUGUUUUUGUUUUUACUUUUAAGUGUUUUCACUCUUUCACUCCUGCUGCCAUUUUUUAAUACAUUGAAAGAAAUUUUGCUUCCUGUAAAACUCAAAUGUUUUUUGUUUUUCUGCUUCUGACUGAUUGGUUGUUACCAUGGUGACCAAAAGUCCAGCUGAUCAGUAUUAUUGUGUGAUUGAUCUGAUCUGUGUUAAAAGACUAUUUGAAAAUGAAACUUUAUCAUUUUCCUGUUUCUGAUUGGAGGGGCAGAGCUUCUGUUCUGUUCUGUUUUUGUACAAAAUAAAAAUAACACCUGAAAUCA